UUUUCUAUUAACCCAACUCAGCUUGACUCCCUCUUCUCUCCUAUCAAUCUCUUACAUUUUUACGUUCAAACUUGCUUUUCAUGGCGAUCUUGGAUCUUAACCUGGGUUUCGCUUUUGGUGGGUCAAGCUCCUUGUCUGGGAGUUUUGGUUCAACUGUCGUCAACGGCGACAGUUCUGAAAACUACUCCUCUUCAUCGGAGCUGAUCAAUGACCCCACUCUUUCUUUCGGAAUCUUAAAAGUCAACAGCCAUGACGACAAGAAUUGUAACACUAGCAACAAAGAGGUGGACAAAACCUCAGCCACCAUUCAGUUUUUUCCUGAGGGUAAAGGGAAGUCUUCAGCUUCAAGAAUACUUCACGGUUUUAGUCAUAUUUUUGACGGGCUGAACGCUUCCAAUAUGUUAAAGCCCCAGCCUCAGCCCAUGAAAAAAAGUCGGCGGGGACCGAGGUCAAAAAGCUCUCAGUAUCGCGGUGUUACGUUUUACAGAAGGACUGGGAGAUGGGAGUCCCAUAUUUGGGAUUGUGGAAAGCAACUCUAUUUAGGAGGUUUUGACACGGCUCUUUCUGCAGCAAGGGCAUAUGAUCGAGCGGCAAUCAAGUUUCGUGGUGUUGAUGCGGAUAUAAACUUUGAUAUCAGUGAUUACAGUGAAGAAAUUGAGUCGAUGAGUUCUUACUCAAAAGAAGAAUUUGUGAAUGUGCUGCGCCGUAAUAGCAAUGGCUUUUCAAGAGGAUCGUCAAAGUACAGAGGAGUGACCCUUCACAAAUGUGGGCGCUGGGAAGCUCGUAUGGGGCAGCUUCUGGGCAGAAAGUAUGUAUAUCUGGGGCUGUUCGACACUGAGAUUGAAGCGGCGAGGGCUUAUGACAGGGCAGCCUUGAAAUUCAAUGGCAUUGAUGCAGUCACCAACUUUUCCCCAAGUUUGUAUGAGGGAGAGAUGACUGUUGACACUGGUGCUGUCGUCGAUGAGAAUCUUAAUCUGAAUUUGGGUAUUGCCCCAUCUAGUUCAACCAGUUGCCGAAAGGAGAAGAGUAAUGCGAAUGGAUUGCAGCAUCAAAAUACCCAGAAUGACAUCUUCACUGAUUUGGGAACUGGGAUUGGGAAUUUUGUGCCUGCAUCAAUGAAGGUUCCAUCACAGCAUGGGACUGUUAUGGUAUCUGGGAACCCUCCUCCCUGGAGUGGUGGAUAUUCCUCUUCUUUUCCAGCCUAUCAGGAAAGAGUGGCAGAGAAGCGAAAUCCCACGCAGGCAUGGCAAUGUGAGGCCCCUUAUAAGGGACCGCCUUGUGUGCCAGUCUUCUCUGCUGCAGCAUCAUCAGGAUUCUCAUCUUCCAAAUUCACAUUGCCUUCAGCUGCUGCUAAUCAAUUUGACUAUCCAAAUUCAGUGAUCCUCCGCCAUCUUUAUGCUCCGGACAACAUCCCCUACAUCCCAGACAACAUCCCUCGCAACCCUUCACGUUACUAUCGCAGGGGCUGACUGGUAGAACUAAUGAAAAGAAAGAGUAGUUGUUAGAUGUGGAAUUUAGUCACUUCUUUUUGUAGUGUGCUAAGACAGCUAAUAUCUAUCAUAUGUAGUUUUAGUGUUAUUCUACCUGAACUUUAAUUUGAUCUGCUUAAAGGAAGAAGCAUGUUCCACUCAGGAUAUGUUUGAGCUAAGCAAAUUGUUGCGUUUUUGGCAAGGCUCUCAGAAAAAGAAAAGCAGCUGAAAAGAUCAGAAGCUUGGUUUGCAAGAAGCCUUCUUAUUCUGGAAAUUAGGUUGUAAUAGUUGAACUUCUACAUAUUUAUGCUAUGUACUGAAUCUAGUUUGCAUCCAA